AUGCAGAAGGAGAUUGAUCACCUAAAGAGAAGCUUAUGCCACGAGCACAGAAAGCAAGCUCCUUCCAACUCCGACUACUCUUCCGAUGAUGAGAAGGACGAAGACUACAAACAGAGGUCAAGAACUCCCCCCAGCGAAUCUUUUUCAUAUGAUGAGGACUACCGUCAUGAGCGCAAAAACAAUAACUCAUCUUCGAGAGGCUUGGUAAAUGAUGCUAUGAGUAAAGCACUCAACCGAAUUUCCAAAUCUUUCACCCUAUAUAAUGGCAGAACGGACCCUAUUGAACACAUUAGCCACUUUAAUCAAAAGAUGGUUGUACAUUCAAAGAAUGAAACCUUGAUGUGCAAGGUUUUCCCAUCCAGUCUGAGACCUGUGGCGAUAAGGUGGUUUGACAGUCUGAAGGCAGGUUCUAUUGAUUCUUUCAAGGAACUUACCCAAACAUUUGGGUCCCGUUUUAUUAUGUGCAGCAGAGCUCCUCGACUUUUAGCUUCCCUGUUAUCUCUAUCCAUGAGAGAAGGAGAAACUUUGAAAACAUACUCGGACCGAUAUUGGGAGAUGUUCAAUGAGAUAGAAGGUGAUUUUGAAGACAUGGCCAUCAGUACUUUCAAGCUCGGCCUAUCUGCCAAACAUGGCCUAAGGAAGUCUUUGACGGGGAAACCUGUUACUAGUGUACGUCAACUCAUGGAUCAGAUUGACAACUAUAAGAGGGUUGAGGAAGACCAGCAGCAAGAUAAGGGGAAGGGCAAGGUUAUCCCUCAGGAAAGGAGAGAUUUCAAGUCGGACCGCUACAAUAAUAACAAACCCUGGAGAGAUUUUGCUGGGCAAUCACGGCCUGCGACCUCUCAAUUGGUAAACACUGUGUUUAGAGAACCGAUGCAUCAAGUUUUAGAGAAAAUCAAGAACGAGCCGUAUUUCAAAUGGCCAAACAAGAUGAGUGGAGAGCAACUGGUUAAGGAAGGGAGGUUGCAACAAUUUCCAUACCAACCUAACGGACAAGGGGACCAGUCAAGGUCAAGGGCCCAAGGGAAUGUUCCUUCAAGGCCCCCGUUAGGUACAAUCAAUAUCAUCUUUACUGCACCUAGGAGAACUAGUUCUUACCCUGCCAAAGUGAUGUCUGUAGCCAGCUCACCAGAUGAAGACGCCAACCCCGAGCCGAAGAGAUCUAGACUAGAAAUUCGAGCUUCAUUGAGUUUCUCGGACGAAGACAAGAUUGGAACUAUCCAACCACAUGAUGACGCUUCGGUGGUCACCCUUAGAAUAGGGGGGUAUAAUGUGAAAAGGGUAACGGUGGACCAGGGUAGUUGUGUAGAAGUCAUGUAUCCUGACCUGUACAAAAGACUAAACUUGAGACCUGAAGACCUAACAGCUUACGAUUCGCCUUUGGUAAGUUUUGAUGCGAAGCUGGUUACCCCGAAGGGCCAGAUUAGGUUGCCCAUAGAGGCUGGUUCGGAGGUGAUGGAAGUGGACUUCAUAGUGGUGGAUGCGUACUCUCCCUACACGGCACUUGUGGCCAAACCUUGGCUUCAUACUUUGGGGGUUGUUGCCUCAACUCUACAUCAAAAGGUGAAGUAUCCAUCCGGAGACCGGAUUGAGGAAUUGGUGAGGAACCAACCCAUGGCUAAAUAG